AUGUCUUUCUACUUCUUUCGUUUAAUCUUAUCCUAUUUCUUAAUCUUUUUGACUGCUGAGGUACAUGCCUUCCGACCUACUGAGAGAACGUUAUGGUUUGACAAAUCAUGUUCGUCGACUGUGAAGAAUACCGUGUGGAAAGAUGUCCAAGACAUGAUACGAGUGUCAAACUUGACAACGCACCCCGAUCCCAAUUCCGAUGCGGGAAGCCUUUUCCGUUAUGUCUUCCGAGACAACAAGGAGAGCAGCUACAAUUUCUUUGAAGGUUCGUUUUGAUCAGCAAAAUCGAAUUUAUGUCUCCCCCCUAACGACCCACAGAGUCAAUCGGUGCCAUCAACAUCAACGUCGCCUCAUCCAAAAAGCAAGCCAACACAUUCAUCUACUGCGACCAAGACAAACGCUGGCACAAACCCGGAAAAGAACCCCACUUCCUCGCAAAAUGGUUCUUACGCAAAAAAAAGUCUAAGAAAGUCUCCCAGAAAGUCUGGUACGAUGCCGAAAAUCACAUCUCGUGGGAGCCCUCAUCACCUCUGGGUAUUCAAGCACCGGCGUGCAGACCGGAAGCGAAAUCAGGUGCGGCUGGGCAGACGCAUUGUAAUGUUGCUCACCACGGGAAGACGGGGGAUUGUGCUAUGUCCCUGUGUCCGACGCAGAUUGACAGGGACCAAGUUGCGUUCUCGCAGACUCCCAAGGAGGAGAAUUUGGCGGUGAAGCCGGGGCCGGGGGAUAUUAAUCGGUAUGCGUUUUUGAGUGAGACUCUUCUUCAUGAGGUGAGUGUGCUAUUGCUAUUGAGAUCUAGAAAGGAAAGAGCAUUGCUGAUAAUGAGUUUUAAAGAUUGCACAUACACUCGAAAAUGAGCAUACCAAUUCUCGAUGUAAGGAGAUCUCUUUCUCGAUAUUACACACGUUGCUAAUCCAUAUAUGCAGGGAAAGAUGUCAAGGACGGGCAUCGAUGGAAGAAUGUCGCUGACCCAACGAGAAAAGCGGUUAUGGCGCAGUCGGAUGCGGAGAACCUUGCGUAUUGGGGUAUGUAUAAAAUACUUAAAGAAGUAAAUUUCACUUUGCUGAUCAAGUGCAGGUCUAGGAAACUUGAUACCCUAA